UGACAUUUGUCGGCUUUGUUUUGCAAACGUUUUGUGAAAAGUCGAACAAAAAUAAAUUAAAUCAACAUGUCUGCUGCUAUGCCAAUUAAUCCUAAACCAUUCCUUAAUGGUCUCACCGGUAAGGCAGUGCUUAUCAAACUAAAAUGGGGACAUGAAUAUAAAGGUUAUCUAGUGUCCGUCGAUGGCUACAUGAACAUGCAAUUGGCAAAUGCUGAAGAACACAUUGAUGGUCAACCUACUGGCAACUUGGGUGAAGUUUUAAUACGUUGCAACAAUGUUUUAUAUAUUAAGGGUGUCGAUGAUGAAGACGAGGAAGGCGAAAUGAGAGAUUAACAGUAAAUUAUUUUAAUCUUUAGUUGUCAAAUUUCUUUUAAUUUAGUCAUUUAAAUAUUUCCAUUUUAGUUUACAAACUUUUGUUUUGUAGUCGAAAAAUGUUCAUAAAAAUACUUUCAAGAAUCAAUUUGGUUUGUUAUAAACCGUUUCCAAAGA